UUCUAAUGCAUAGAAUAAUCAAUAUGGUCAAAUUUUCAUGGGUCUUUGGAAAAGUGCUGCUGCAGGACACCACAGCAGCAGUGCACUCCCUGUACAAAGAGAGCUGGGACAUAACUACUGUGUUGAGGAUGGAGCGGUGCAUGUUACUGAGAGGGCUCUGUAAGGGAGGCAAGACCACGAAAGAGGACAUUUUGAGAUUCUACCAUUUAAAGCUUCAGGAGAAACAGAAAACAACACCUGUCAAAAUAAAGGAAAGAAAGCCAGGAGCAGAAGAUCAGGGAAAUGCUAGGUUACCUGAGCACCAGCAAUUACAGAAGGACAAUGCACAGUUACCAGACGAGUCAGAAGAGGAGGUGAUUCCUACAGGGGAUCCAUGUAGAGAUAAAGACACCUCAAGUCAGCACUCACCCAGAGAGGAGUUUCAGUUGCAGGCUGGAGAGUGGAAGGACCCUGCCAAGAAUGACUUUGAGGACCUGCCAUCAUCACUGGGCCAUCCACCAACUCGAGAAGAGGCACAGUCUCUUGAGGACAGCAUGGCACCCAGGAAACUCUCAAAGAUGGAUGAUGACUAUGCAAGUGAUGAUGAGAAAAGCCUGGAUGAAGAAGAUGAGGGCAAGCCAGACUCAGGACCUGUUUGUCAAGAAGCCAGUACACCCAACAGCAGCUCAGUGCAAACUCAACAAAGAAGCUCCUUAUCAGAAACCAAAGACUUGAUUACUUCCUUACCAAGUCAGAGGAAGAAAGAGACCACUAGGUUCAAAAGAAAAACCUCUUUCCCAUUAUUGACAGCUAAAGAUUUACUCCUUGAAAGGAUGUUUCAUGAUCCUGAGCUGCAGGAGUCAGACAAGUUCUUUAGGAGCCUCCCUCAACUGGUGAAGCUUACUUUGGAGCUAUACAGGCUGAUUGAGUCCAAGUCUGAAAUGCUCUGUUACUUCAUCAUCAUUCUAAACCACAUGGUCUCAGCUUCCAUUCUGACACUGGUGCUCCCCAUUCUGUGCUUCUUAUGGGCUAUGCUCUCUGUUCCGAGGCCUCCUAAACGUUUCUGGAUGGCUGCUAUCUUUUACACAGAGGCAGCAGUAGUGGUCAAAUAUUUCUCACAGUUUGGAUUUUUGCCCUGGACCACAAAGCUCUAUGCUGGUAUACAUGGAGAAAAGCCAUUUGCUCUGCCAAAUAUAGUCGGGAUCGAAAAGAAGAGUGGUUAUGCCCACUAUGACCUUGUGCAACUGCUGGCUUUGUUCUAUCAUCGGUCAAUCCUGAAGAAUCUGGGACUAUGGGAUGAGCCAUCUUCUGACCAUGCUAACUUCCAAGAAAUGAAAAAGAUUAGAAAGUCCAAGAAUCGACAGAGCAGCAAAAGACCAAGGGAUUUUCCCCAGGGUUGGCAUGAAGAGCCUCAAUCUCUUCCUCAGCCUGCCCCUUCCCUAUGGACUUUCUGGAGAAAGAGACAAACACCUUUGGGUCAAGGUGGGCUUUGAGGGAAAAAAAAGAGGAUUCAUAAUAAAUCUUAAGCUUCAUAUU